GGUGCUUUUGCWUCCUACUUUUCCCCUCCCUCCUCCUUUCUGGAAGUCUGGGAUGAUGUUAGUGUACUGGCUUGUGUUUCCAUUUGAAGUGCCUCAUCAAAAAUGCGCUUCCACCCACCAAAAAAGGUAACAUUUGCCUAGCUUGUGAAAUUACCUUAAGCACUGGCUAGUUCUCAAAGGAAAGUGAGAGCGUUUCCUGAUGCUGUUUAUUAAAAGGCCCACUUGCAGGAGAUGACAUGCAGAAAGCAAAGAACAUUCCAAGCAGCAGGAAAGUAUACAUGCACAGUUGUAAAACCUAAGGCUUGUUUGCUGGGAAUAGCUUACUCAUACCCAAAGAAGAAAUCCCUUCUAAAACAUGGUUUUCUAAAAACUACGARGGGCAGUAUUUGAUUUUUUAAUUUAAUCUGGUAUCAAGCAAAAUGGACUUUUUACUGCAGACUUGCAGUUAUCRUUCCCCAAUGUGAACAGAAACAGGUCUUAGUUAAGAAUUAACAUUAAUGUUUUUUUUUGGAAAAUAGAAAACAAGAUUAAGCUCAGUUUCCUCCAUCAGCAGUCCUUUUAUUUACUCCCUUUGUUCUGUGUUUCUGAUUGCAUUGCUUCAAGCAGUCAUCUGGUCAACAUUGAUGUAUUUUUGGUUAGAUUUAGUAUUUGUUUGGAACAAAUACCUGCAUCGCCAUAUGUGAGCUGGAGGCAGUGUAUAGGGAGUUGUAAAAGSAAAGAGGAUCUGCUGUUCAUCUUGAUGUCAUCAUCUUGGAUYAGUGGAGAUUCUUGGCACUGAACUCUGUGUCUCUCAAGCUUAGUUCCUAGAGUCAGUGUCAAACUACUAAAUGAUAAAAAAUGUGAUUCAAGCUGUCAUACACAGUGUAAGUGGGUCUGGUCCCACCUUGCGGUGAAACCAGUGCUUUUUCUGUUAAAUAUUUGAUACAGCAACACAGGAGAUUGUUGGACACUUGUUGUACCUGGGAAAGCUCAGUGAAGAUACAGAUGUGAUCCAGCUAAGGAGCAGGAACAAAUCUGGAAAAGUUUACUUGUGCAUUCCUCCCACACACUAUUAAUUGAAGUGUCUACAGUGUGUUGGCUGUGAAGAGCUUCUAUGGAGCUGUUUCUCCUCCACAUGGUCACUUCCCCCAUGAUGCACAGGCUGGAGUGAGAGCUGCUGCAGUGAYUCCAUUCUCUCCAGGAAUUCAUCAGGGACCAAGGUACGAGUGUCUGUCUAGAAUGUCCAGGCAUGCAAAAAAGCUUAGAGAUCACGAUAUAAAUCCAUGUGUAGCGGAAACAGAUGCCACUACAAAAUGUUUGAAUGACAACAACUAUAACAAGGAUAUGUGUACAGAUUAUUUUUUGAAGUACAAAAACUGCAGAAAAUUCUGGCAUGGAAUUAUGAUGCAAAGGAAGAGAAAUGGUGUGAAACCAGAGAUGCCCCCAGCAGAAGAGAGAAAGAAAAUCUUGGAAUCAAUGGGGAAGCCCUACUGACCAGAAACUUUAAUUGAUUGACUGCUAUCACUGUGCAUAAGAAGACUUGGCAGCAGCAAGUUACCAUUUUAUGAACUGGAUUUUACAGUUGCCAUAUUUUGGAUUAAAAUAAGAUCUUAAACUUCAAA